UUUGGGGACAAGGUGAACGAGGCGUUCGGCGGCGGGCACAAGGGGGAGCAGAAGGAGGAUGGGCUGGAUAAGGCCGUCGACUUCGUGCAGGAGCAUGUGCUGAAGCAGGGCGACCAGAAGAACGAGUCGGCGUGGGAGCAGGCGAAGGACGAGCAGAUCAGCGACACGAUCCGCAAGACGUACAAGAACGCGACUGGGCAUGAAUUCUUCGUCAAGGACAAGGAGUAG